UUCCCUUUUACUCAUUCUUAUUUUGUUGCAGUAUUUCUCUACAAGUACUGCAAACUCUAUAAGAAUCAAUAAUCACCACCCCAUUAUUCUUUUCAUAAACAAACUCAUCAUUCUUAACUACAAUGGCUCCUCAGCUUGUUGCUCUCGCCCUCCUCUUCAUCGCCGCCGUGGUUUCCGCUCAAUCUCCCGCCGCCGCCCCCGCCGAUGCUCCAUCAGCAGCGCCAGCCACCGCGCCCGCUCAAGGUCCAACACCAGCAUUCGGCCCAGCUCCCACCGGCGCCCCCGAGGGAUCGCCUGCUGCAGCUCCCACCUCCGGAAUCUCAUCCCCUUCUUCCUCACCCACGGAGGGGCCAUCAGCUUCCCUUGCUCCCGCCAGCGAGGAGGGCGUUGCCGUUCCCAGCUCUGCCCCUGCCCCGGCAGCCGAUGCCCCCGCCGCCGAUGCCGCUCUUGCACCCGCACCUGUAGCUGACGCACCAAGCAACGGCGCCGCUGGUUUGAAGAUCUCCGCAGCAGUAGGAGCCGCCGCUGCCGCUGGAUUCUUCUUCUUCUAAAUCUUCGAUGAGUUCGUUUUUAUGAAUCAUCUACUCCAGACAAAGAUAUACAUAAAAAGGAUCGAUCCCAGAAUUCGUUAGUUGUUUGUGGGAUCGAUCAUACGAAUUUGAGCUCUAAUGUAAUUAUGCAUGUAUAGUGGCACGAGAUUAUUAUUAUUUAAUUAAUUUGUUCGGCCAUUGCAUGUUGA